CACCCUGGAGGCGCGGAGAGGGGCGAGUGGUUGGCUCCUGUGUGGCUGCUGUGCGUAUAUAAAAGUACCCAUGGAGAACACCGAAAACUCAGUGGAUUCAAAGUCCAUUAAAAAUUCAGAAACAAAGCUCUUACAUGGCAGCAAGUCACUGGACUCUGGAAUAUCCUUGGACAGUAGUUACAAAAUGGAUUAUCCUGAAAUGGGCGUAUGCAUAAUAAUCAAUAAUAAGAACUUUCAUAAAAAUACUGGAAUGACGCCUCGGUCUGGUACAGACGUAGAUGCGGCAAACCUCAGGGAAACAUUCAUGAACUUGAAAUACGAAGUCAGGAACAAAAACGAUCUUACAAAAGAAGAAAUGGUGGAAUUGAUGCGCAGCGUUUCUGAAGAAGACCACAGCAAAAGGAGCAGUUUUGUUUGUGUGCUUCUAAGCCAUGGGGAUGAAGGAGUCAUUUUUGGAACUAAUGGAUCUGUUGAGCUGAAAGACUUAACACGCUUUUUCAGAGGGGAUCAUUGUAAAAGUCUAACCGGAAAACCCAAGCUUUUCAUUAUUCAGGCCUGCCGGGGCACGGAACUGGACUGUGGCAUCGAGACGGACAGCAGCGUCGACGAGGACAUCACGUGUCAGAAAAUACCGGUUGAGGCAGACUUCCUGUACGCGUAUUCUACGGCCCCUGGUUACUAUUCCUGGCGGAAUUCCAAGGAUGGGUCCUGGUUCAUCCAGGCACUCUGCGCGAUGCUGAAGCGGUACGCUCACAAGCUGGAGCUUAUGCACAUCCUUACGCGGGUGAACCGAAAGGUGGCCAUCGAGUUUGAGUCCUUUUCCUUCGACGCUAAUUUUCAUGCAAAGAAACAGAUUCCGUGCAUUGUGUCUUUGCUCACAAAAGAGCUGUAUUUUUAUCACUAAAGAAAUGUGUGUUGGGUGUUUUUUGUUUCUAUGCCAAACGAGGGAAAUGAUGUAACUAAUACUGUAUUUCCCAUCAUUUAAAUCUAAUCUGGUACCACAGUUUGUACUUUGAAACAUGCCACCUUCAUAGCAAUAGAACUACCAUGAAGUUACCUCAUACUCAGAAUCAGGUGGUCGAAAUUGAAUUGAAUUAGGACUAAAUAAAUGGUAGUGGCGCAAUUGUGAGAGGAACUGAUUGUAACUUAACAGCCCUCAUAAUUGGCAAGUUUUAGUAAUUCUAUGUUCGUGAAGUUUCGAGUAAUUACGGCCAGAGUUAAGCAUUGAGUAAUGAAUUUCAAUGGUAUCGAUAUACUCUCGUUUACAAAGUACGCAACCUAGUUUUCACCAGACUACAGAAAUGAUGCUAGAAUAAUGUACGGUGAUAGGACAAAGUAUCUAGAAUUUAGGGAGCCACGUGCAUGGUGUGAAGACCUUGAUUGUGGAAUUGGUAUUUGGAUAAACAUUAGCUGUGUUUUGAGAUUAUUUAUCUGAGCAUACGGUUUUGUCAUGUUUGUCCUAAGCAUGUUUGUACCGUAAAGAAUCAUGUUUAAUAUAGAAAACUGUUCUACUUGAAAGUGUGAGAAACCUAAGCAGACAGCUUUAAGGCUGCUUGCGUCAUUAACGGGAGGGACACGCAGUCAGAACUAUGAAGCGCUCCAAGGCAGUGCCCCCGCGCCCGCCCC